AUGGUGGGCAGCAAGCCGAUUUCUUAUUUCGGUCAUUCUUUGGUUGUGCUAUUCAUCAUCAGAAAUCGAUUAAGAGAUAGACAAAUAAUAUUUUCUCCAAUUUCUAUUCACCAUGACCCAUACAAUCGAACGCUACUGACUCCCCCUUAUCAGAUUCUCCUCACCGCCUCCCUUAUCCGAUAUAUCCAUUUGUGGCGAACCGGCCUCAUUUCCUCUGCACUUUCUACUCUGUCGCAACAACGCAACGAGGACACAAGUUUAGGAAGUGGAAAGACUCAACAAGAUUACUACUUUUGGAUGAGAAACAUGCCUACAAGGCGUUCGAUGAAAUGCCUGAUCCGAUUAAGUUUUGAACACCAACUACUUGACAAAAAUCCUCAACGAAAAAUCCGUUCAAGAUUGUCUUUCUACUUGCUUCAUAAAUAUUUUCUUAAUGUGAGAGAAUAUAGUGACAAACUUAAAAGGUGUGAAGACCAACUCCAGUUUCAGGAAACAUGGUCAACCAUGUUUGACUUUGAUUCAUCAUCAAACAGACAAUGCUUCACCAUUGGUGGCUUCACUUUUCAAU